AUGAACGCAUUAUCAUAUAUAUCAGGGCAUUUAACCCCAACUGGUCUGGUACCCCCAACCAAUCCUCCUCUAAAAGAGAAAAAUCAUAGCAUUACAACACCAACAGCCAUAAAAUCGGAUACUAAUAUUCAAGAACAGAUACCGUCUAAAAUUACUACUUUAGACCAAGAUAACCAACAUGCAUUAGAAGACAUUACCACCAGACAUACAUAUAAUAAAAACAAAGAAAAUUGUCAGAAGAAAAUUGAAAACGAAUCGAUAGAUGAAUCGAAGCAAAAAAUCAAAGGCAUAUCACUAAUGAAAUGUUUAAUAAACUCGCAAAUGAUUCAAUUCAUUUGGAUGCUAAUAACAUUCCUACCUACUUAUCUAAUUGUAAAGCCCUUACUUCUUCUGUGGGUUUUUGUUUCAUUACCAUUAACGUUAAUAGAACAUGGGAUCAAACUACGAAAUCGUCCUAUCAUGAAACUUACUACUAUAGCAUCUGAAAAUAAAGUUCUAGAGCCCAUAGCAGAAGAAGAUUUGGCUAGUGGUGAUGAAUUUAUAUUUCAACGAGACACAAUUAAGGGAACAUUCAUUAAAUCAAAUAGUAAACAGAGUAGUACAACUUCUAGCAAACUUCGGUAUAGUACGCCCAAUAGACAUGAGAGGUCGGAGUUAUUAUCUGAUACUACUAGUAUAACUAGUAACGUUAUGUUUGGAUCAAAAAAAAUGGGACGAUUUCUAUUCCCUAAAAAAUUAAUCCCCAAAUCAAUUAAAUAUAGCGGUCACAAGAAAACACUAGUAAUCGAUCUGGAUGAAACACUAAUUCAUUCUGUCUCACGAGGAACAACUCAUGUUAAUUCGUCGCAAGGUCAUAUUAUUGAAGUGAAAUUUUCAAUAUCUGGUAUAUCCACCCUUUAUUUUGUGCAUAAGAGGCCGUAUUGCGAUCUCUUCCUAACCAAAGUAAGUGAAUGGUACAAUAUUGUAAUUUUCACAGCAUCUAUGAAAGAGUAUGCAGAUCCUGUUAUUGAUUGGUUAGAAACAUCAUUAUCAGGGUCUUUUUCAAAAAGAUUAUACAGAAAUGAUUGCACUUUGAGAGAUGGUGUUGGAUAUAUUAAGGAUUUGAGUAUUUUAACCAAGAUGCACCAUUCGUCGAAAUCAUUCAGUCAGGAAGUGGGACUUAGCGAGAUAAUCAUUAUUGAUAACAGUCCUGUCAGUUAUGCAAUGAAUGUUGAUAACGCAAUUCAAGUCGAAGGUUGGAUCAAUGAUCAAUCUGAUACAGAUUUAUUGAAUUUAAUUCCGUUAUUGGAGUCCUUACGAUACACAACAGAUGUUCGAAAUAUUCUCUCAUUGAAAAAUGGGGAAAAAUCGUUCAGGUCAAGCUAA